AUGUCAUCCCAAGGCCCUUUGACCUCAAAGCAUCGAAUUAGAGUCUGGACUGGGGAGCUCCCACGGCUCAACAUCGAGCUGCACCGCAAAUAUGGCCCAGUGGUCCGCCUAGCACCAAAUGAGUACUCGCUCGACGAUCCUGCGGCUGUCAAGGUUAUUUAUGGUCUAGGGACCACCUUUACCAAAGGACCAUGGUACACAGCCAGCGGGCUACCUUUUAAGAAAGAAUACAACAUGUUCCAGAUGCCCGAGAACGACAAGCAUAUCCAGGUCAGGAAGAAGUUGGCGGGAUUAUACACGAUGUCCUCUCUGAUAAAAAUGGAGUCACAGGUUGAUGAAUGUAUAACCUUAGUCGAGACUAGGUUCCGCGAGCUUGCUCGGGCCGGAACUGCUCUGGAUCUGCAACAAUGGAUGCAAUGCUAUGCCUUCGACGUCAUUGGAAAUAUAACGGUAGCAAAACGCUUCGGCUUUCUCGAUGCCGGACGGGAUGACAUGAACCUCAUUCAGUCUCUCGACUUCUUCCUUCUCUAUGCGGCCCGCGUCGGUAUUUACCCAGAGCUGCACAAGUUCCUCUUCCUAUAUGGGGCCACAGGGAUUCAAGGAAUGGUCAAGAUUAUCAAAUUCGUCAGGGAAGAAAUGAAGAAAUAUACGACCGACAAACCCGUUGGUGACAACUUCUUCUUGGCACGCGCCUUGAGACUACACAAGGAGAAGCCCGAUUACUUCACAGCCACAGAAGUCUAUAACACCGCCGCAGCAAAUAUCAACGCCGGCAGUGACACAACGAGUAUCAGUCUCACAGCUGUGAUGUGGAAUCUAUUGAAGCACCCCGAGUCCUUUGCCAAGUUACGUGCGGAAAUCGACAACAUGAUUGCUAGUGGAGAGAUCAGCGAGAGUAUCACUUUCAGCGACACUCAGAAGAUGCCUUACCUUCAAGCAGUCAUCAAAGAAGGGAUACGGCUGCAUCCUGCGGCGGGUCUACCGUUGCAGAGAGUAGUUCCUACGGGAGGAGCUAAGCUCGCGGGUCAAUUCUUCCCAGAAGGAACAUACGUGGGUAUCAAUUCCUGGGUUGCACAUCGCAAUCCAGAAGUAUUUGGCGAUCGUGUUGACGACUUCAGGCCGGAAAGGUGGCUCACUGGCGACGAGGAGACCGAUCGCAAGAUGGACCGAUAUUUCCUGACUUUCGGCCACGGUGCGAGAACCUGUCUGGGCAAAAACAUCUCGAUAAUGGAGAUGUGCAAGCUGAUCCCAAAAUUGGUUCAUAAGUUUAACUUCAGGCUUGUGGACCCGAACGCGGAUCUCAAAACGUACAACGCGUGGUUUGUGAAGCAGGAAGACUUGAAAGUUACGGUGAGCGAAAGGAAGAUCUGA